GUGACGUUGAGUGCGAGCGACACCGGAUCGCGCUGAUUCAGGAAGCAUCCAGCUGAGAAGAACGUGGAGAGAUCGCGGCGGUGCCCGGUAACUGGAAAUGGAUUAUAUUUCGAACACUGGAACUCUGUCAUUGGCAGCAGGAAUAGCAUGUGGUCUGUUUCUAGGCUGGCGUUUACGUGGUCGCUAUGGACACUCACGAAACAUCAGAAGUAUAGCAGCAAAUGAGGUGGAAAGUGACGCAACUGUUAUGGGAGAGAGUGGCGAAUUCAAGAUGGUAUUAGUUGUCCGGAACGAUUUAAAAAUGGGGAAGGGAAAAGUUGCUGCACAGUGCUCACAUGCUGCAGUAUCUGCGUACAAACAGAUCCUCAAGAGAAAUCCUGAAUUACUGAAACAAUGGGAAUAUUCUGGACAACCAAAAGUAGUGUUGAAAGCACCAGACGAAGAGGCCUUGGUUGACCUCCUUACACAAGCAAAACAACUGGGACUGACCAUUAGCCUGAUACAGGAUGCUGGUCGUACACAGAUAGCACCAGGCUCUCGAACUGUCCUUGGUGUAGGACCUGGUCCGAGUGAUUUAAUUGAUAAAGUGACUGGACAUUUAAAGCUCUAUUGAAGUCACUAGAUUGUAAUAAAAUAUAAAUAUUUGACAAGUCA